AAUAUGACCAAUUUUGAGUGGAUUUUUUAAGAUUUUUUUAUAUUUUUUUAAUAGUUGGCAAUCCUCUUUAUGCGCCUAUAAAUAGUGACCACCAUAUCAUAUCUUAGCAUUACAUAUAAAUAAUCUAUUUAAUUAAAUUUCUCUUAGAAUAUCAAAUUUAAUCUGAAAAAUGUCAGGAAUAAUUGAGAAAAUUGGGGAGACUCUCCACAUUGGAGGUCACCAUGGAGAUAAGAAAGAUGAGCACAAGAAAGAUGAACAUAAGAAAGAUGAUCAUCAUAAAGAAGGUGGAUCAUCAUUGAUCUCUAAGAUUGUGGGCCAUGAUGAUGCUAGUCAUGCUGAUCAUAAACAUGAUGAUGGUCAUAAACAUGAUGGUCAUGGAGAUCAUAAGCAUGAUGGUCAUGGGGAUCAUAAGCAUGAUGAUUCUGACAAAAAGAAGAAAAAGAAGGAUAAGAAGAAGAAAGAGCAUGGUCAUGACCAUGAUGGUAGUAGCAGCAGCAGCGACAGCGAUUAGAUCUGCUUAUUUACAAGGGUGCAGGCGAGUAUGUAGUAUGAGUUAAUGAGGGACAAUAAUUGAAAUGAGCUUUGAUAUUUGGUUGUAUAACCACCACUAGAUUUCUCCACAAUUAUAUGUGCUUAAUUUUUUUUCCCCUUUUUUUUUUCCUUUAUUUAAUCCCUCAUAAAAGCUUGUUCCUUCUUUUAUUGUAAGAUAAGACUAUGGCUUGUUCAAUUGAUUGUUGUUGUGUGUUGUGUA